GGCCUUUUCAGGCAUUCUUUAGAUCGUAGUAGUUUUUAGGCACAUAAAGAAGUUGCCGAGCUCGUGGUCCAUCUCUUCCGAGGUACACACAAAUCUGCCGCCUGGUCUUCCCCUCGUCUUCAUUUUGGAUUCCAGGGAGCUGAAAAAUAGGGCAGUUCCCGAAGGAGCUCGAUCGCCAACUCUGACUAUCCUCUUUCCCUUUGAUCUCACUCGUAAAUAUAUAUUCCCGGGGGGUAAAGAUAUUUUUUGGGAAGUUCUGUUUUCUUGCUUUCUCAUUUGUUGGGUUUCGCACGGAGGGUUUUCUAUCCUGCAAUGGAAUCCAAGGUGUUUUAGUCGAUGGCUGGAAGAUAGGAUUUAAAAGAGAGGAGUGGGGUCGACUUGGGACAGUGGAUCUUUGGACGGUGCGUGAAAGGCGAUGGGGUCGGGAAAAAUGGAUGGGCCUUCGGCGCCGGCCAUCCGGCGAGAUCCGUAUGAGGUUCUUAGCGUGUCGAGGGAUUCGUCGGAUCAGGAGAUUAAGUCCGCGUACAGAAAGCUCGCUCUCAAGUAUCACCCUGAUAAAAAUGCCAGUAAUCCUGAAGCUUCAGAACUUUUCAAAGAAGUUGCUUUUUCAUAUAGCAUUUUAUCUGAUCCAGAGAAAAGAAGACAAUAUGAUGCCGCUGGAUUUGAGGCUUUAGAACAUGAUGCUAUGGAUAUGGAGAUUGAUCUAUCAAAUCUUGGUACUGUCAAUACAAUGUUUGCAGCAUUAUUCAGUAAGCUAGGAGUUCCUAUAAAGACAUCAGUCUCAGCUACUGUUCUUGAAGAUGCUCUAAAUGGAACUGUCACAAUUAGACCACUUCCUCUUGGGACAUCAUUUAGUGGAAAGGUUGACAAACAAUCUGCCCAGUUUUUUGGUGUUACUAUUGAUGAACAGCAAGCACAGUCAGGGAUAGUAAUCAGAGUUUCAUCUUCUGCACAAAGUAAAUUUAAACUUCUUUACUUCGAACAAGAGACAAAUGGCGGUUAUGGCUUAGCACUACAGGAAGACAGUGAAAAGACUGGCAAGGUUACUUCCGCAGGGAUGUACUUCCUACAUUUCCAGGUGUACCGUAUGGACUCAGCAGUGAAUGCGUUAGCUAUGGCAAAAGACCCCGAUGCUGCCUUCUUCAAAAGGUUGGAAGGUCUCCAGCCCUGCGAAGUUUCCGAACUAAAACCUGGCACUCAUAUUUUUGCUGUUUAUGGUGACAAUUUUUUUAAGCCUGCCAGUUAUGCAAUUGAGGCAAUGUGUGCAAAUUCUUAUGAAGAUACUUCUAAGGAGCUCAUGGAGAUUGAAGCACAAAUUUUGGCAAAAAGAAAUUACCUGCGCCAGUUUGAAACAGAAUACAGAAAAGCAUUGGCACGGUUUCAGGAAGUGACAAAUAGAUACAGCCUAGAAAAGCAAGCUGUCCAUUUUCAAUGAGGCAUAGAUUCCACACAAAUAGCCUAAAAGAAGGUCCAUAUACAACUAGACCUAUGUUUCACACCAAUUUCCGUACA